CCUUUAGAUGCAAUAAAAUAUAUCAAACAUCGCAAACUCUACAAUAAACUACUUUUGAGAUGAGGAAUACAUUUCUCUCAUAUAUAAUAUUGUCUGUUAUUGUGAUAAUACUGAUACUGUACACAAAACAACAUAGUGACACUAUAAUAAAUGUAUCUAGCAGUGUAAUUAAUCACCAGAAUGAUAUGUAUUCAAAAGAAGUCAUAAUUGAUAUUGAACGAAAUUCAAAUAAGGAGAAUAACCUUAAAAGCGGAAAGUUUCAAAUGUCAAAAAAUAUUGCGGAUAACAAUAAAAGUGUUGCGUAUGAUUAUAAAUGCAAACCAAUGGAUUCCAAUAGUACAUGUCAGCCUCUGAAGUUCUCCAAGAGGCUAUUACCUGUGACUGCAUUGUACAGUAUACCUGGCUCUGGAAAUACGUGGUUGAGACAUCUUAUACAACAAAUAACAGGUAUAUAUACAGGGUCAGUAUACAAUGACACAGAUCUUCUGCAAAAUGGAUUUCCUGGCGAGGGAGAGAAAAGUGGGAAGGUUGUCGUAGUGAAGACACAUCGUGUGAAUAAAUUAGACAAGGGGAAAUAUAAACGAGUCAUAAUAUUAUUACGUAAUCCAUUUGAAGCUUAUCUUGCAGAACUUAAACGGCAUUUUGGAGGACAUACCUCCGAGAUUACAGGGAUUAACCAAAAACACAUGCAAUUUGCUUUUGGCCAGUUUAUGAGAACCCAAUCUAAACAUGGAGUUACACGAUUGGAAAGUUGGUUUAACGCCACCCUUUCCGCAUUAAAGAUAGUUGGUUCUGAUAAGCCAACAUUGAUAGUACACUACGAAAACCUGCAAACUAAUUUAAAACGUGAAUUAAUUAGGAUUUGUAGUUUUCUUGGAUUCAAAAUUUGGGUUGAUGUUCUCCGAUGCACUAUCUGUAAUGCCGAAGGCAACCAUCAUAGGAGAUCCGAAAGUUUCUUCCCGUACACCGAAGAACAAACUGUUAAAAUAACAUCACAUAUUAAGAUUGUGAAUGAUUCCCUCAAAGCAACGUGCGGUGAAUCGUGUGCAUUGCCUUACGCUGUGUAAAAGUAUGACUG